CCCAGCACCGCCGAGAGUGGACAUUCGGGCGGAGCCGCGCUGCGGGACGGGUGGCCGCGAGCCUGGACCGCAGGCGACCCAGCCAGAGCGCUUGCUUGCAUGGAGAUGCCCAGCCCGCCGCGCCCCGCACAGGCUCUGCUCCCGCAGAUUAAUUACAGAGACUUCAGGAAUAGAUUCCACGAGUUUUAAAAAAAAAAAACCCAAAGAAACAAAACAAAACUUCCCUUUGGCUAUUUAAAUCUAAUUUUGGAGAGAAGGAAGUAGCAGAAACGGGAAUUAAAAGGGUAAUUCUGCUACGUGAGCUGAUGAGGAAGUUGGAUGGCAUGACGUGAAACACGGCGCAAACAGAGGAGCUACCUCACAAAUAUGAUGCCUGGAUUCAUAUUGCCAAAAAUCUGCCUGAACUGAUUGGGAAUGGCCAACUUCGAGGAGAAGUUGAGAAGUUACCAGAGCUCAGCAUCGAUGACCUCCAAGGGCACAAAUCACAGCGCCUUGCACGUUUGGUUCUUGGAUACAUCACCAUGGCAUAUGUAUGGGGUCAAGGUGAUGGAGACAUCCGAAAGGUCUUGCCGAGAAACAUUGCUGUCCCAUACUGCGGACUCUCUGAGAAGCUGGGGCUGCCUCCUAUUCUGCUUUAUGCAGACUGCGUCCUGGCAAACUGGAAGAAGAAGGAUCCUAGUGGGCCCAUGACAUAUGAGAACAUGGACAUUUUGUUCUCGUUUCCUGGGGGGGACUGUGGUAAAGGAUUCUUUCUGUUUUCCCUCUUGGUGGAAAUUGCAGCGUCUCCAGCGAUCAAAGAAAUUCCCAAUGUAUUCAAUGCUAUAAAACGUCAGGACCAGGAGAGUUUGAAAGACACACUGCUUAAAAUACAGCAGUGCCUGCGAAAAGCCCGUAAAGUGUUUGAGAAAAUCCCUGAACAUGUGGACCCCAAAUUAUUUUUCAAUGUUCUUCGCAUAUAUUUGUCUGGCUGGGAAAACAACCCUCAGCUGCCAGAAGGUCUGCUGUAUGAAGGGGUCUGGGACACCCCAAAACAGUAUGCAGGGGGCAGUGCAGCCCAAAGCAGCAUCUUUCAGUGCCUCGAUGUGCUUCUGGGCACAGAUCACAGAGCCACUGGAGGAUCAGCUGCUAAGUUCCUCGAGGAAAUGAGACUGUAUAUGCCGCCAGCUCACCGGGACUUCCUUCGCUCAUUAGAGUCAGGCCCAUCGCUUCGGGAGUUUGUCAUUUCACAAGGUGGCAGCAACUUGCAGAAAGCAUAUAAUAGCUGUGUGCUAAACAUGGUGUCCCUGAGGGAUUACCACUUGAAAAUAGUGAGAGAAUACAUUCUGGAUCCUGCAAGCCAGAAGGCUAAGGAAGACAAUAAGCUGGAGAAGCCGGAAGACCUGGAGAACAGAGGGACCGGAGGCACCGAUGUCAAAGAUUUCCUACAGACUGUGAGAAACACAACGAAGAAGUCCCUUCUGAAGGAAAUUUAGUGUAACCCCAGAAAGAGAGCAUGUGGCAUGGGGGCAUGGCUCAAGUGGUAGAGUGCCUGCCUAGCAAGAACAAGGCCCUGAGUUCAAACCCCAUACUGCGAAAAUAUAAGAGUGCAUUUUGAUCAAUGCACAGAGGUCUUCAUGUAGUCCUGUCAAUGAUCAUUAUAUCAGAUACAAGAAUUAAUAAUGUGUAAUGUAAUAUACUAUAAAAGAUUUCAAAUAAGUUUUCUGUAAUCUGUGCAAGAAAAUAAUAAAUACUUAACUAUAUAAAAAUGCUAAAAAUAAUGUUAGAAAUAUAAGCUGCAUUUAUAGUUGGUAUAUUAUGAU